ACGGUUGUCUAUCUCUUCCCGCGCCUCUACAGAGGCCAUUUCUAGGCUUAUCUCCAAACCUAUCUGCCGCGUAAAAAUCUCACAGCCAUCCGCUUCAGUCGUCCGAGCACUCAUCGCAUCAUCCGCUAUGGCGGCCUCCUUCCUCCGGCCCCUCCUGCCUCCCAACCCCUUCCUCUCCGCCCGCAGACCUCACCUCCUCGCUGCUCCCGCCACCAUCACCACCGCCACCGUACGCUGCACCGCGGCGCCCAAACCGGCAACCUCCACGCCGAAAUCCAUCCAAGAAGAGGCCAGCAGCAACCGCGAACAGCAGCUGCCGCAGGCAGACCCCAACGGCGCCGCCACUCCGGACGAGGCGAGCGCCAACCCCAACAGCAUCCCCGACGACGAGACCCCGCCGUCGGCGACGGCGACCACCUCCUUCGCGGUGGCACGGCGGGUGCCGUCGGCCAUCUCCCCGGACCGCCGGCCGCGGACGGCGCUAACGCAGGAGGAGCCGCCCAACUACGAGAUCGGGUGGAAGCGCACCAAGCAGCUGCCCCUGGAGAAGCCCCGCGGGUGGGCCAUCGCCGACUUCCUGGAGAAGCUGGACGGCCUGAUGGCGCGCGGGCGGUACGGGUCCGGGCAGCUGCUGGGCACGGUGGCGGGCGUGGUGACGGAGCGCGCCCGGGAGGAGGCCGAGGUGCUGGUGGCCGAGGGCGGCGUGGAGGAGCGCGUGGUCACGGAGCUCUUCCGCGUGCUCCGCCUCGUGGAGAUGGACGUCGAGAUGGUGAAGGCCGCCGUCAAGGAGGAGACCGUCAAGGAGCGCGUCGAGACGGCGCGCGCACGCUGCCGCCAGGCCAUCCUCGUCGCCCUCUCGCUGUGAGGAGACGCGGGCGCGGCGCUCUCUGCUCUGAAGUCUGAACUCUGGUGGCGGCGGUAUACGCGUGCGUAACUAAACGAUGUACUAGUAAUAAACAAGUGAUGAGAUUAACGUGCGUAGUAUUGAUUUAUUCAGUUACAGGAAAUCAAAUCUGAACUUGAUGCGUGCUGCAUUUCUGAAU